CGGCCCCUGCAGCUGCGAGCUUUUAGCACCACACCGGUCGCCGAGGUCCUCGUGGAGCGUUAAGUCGUCAUCAACACCGCCGCACCUCAGCUUGUCAACUUCUCUCAACCUCACUUUACUCCCCUUCAGUCCAAGUACUCCAUAUCAACCUUGGAUAUCACCUUUCACCAACGUUGCCGCCAACACUCGCCUACCCCGCGUAUCAGUGUUAGUCUCGCUUCCUGAUCCCGACCGCUCGCGAACCAAAACGGAGGUAUGUGUGUGUAUGUCUCAAAUCCUGUCCAGGACAUCCCACCUCAAUGUUUCAAAGAAUGCCCAUACCGAGAAAAUCGAAGUGUUGAUUCUGACAGGUCUUGAUAUAAAAGGUUCCGUCGCCACUUACUACCGGUCAUCUCAUACAGUGAUUUUGUAUACCAACUUCCAUCAUGUUUGGCGGUGGACUUCGUAGGUUCGAUUGAAUUCCUCCCUUGCGAAUAAAAUCAACUGACAGCUUCAAAAGGCGGUAUCAUGGGCCUUGUGUCCCUGAUAUUGAUUGCCGGAUCGAUAGUCCUCAUGUUUUUCGUCAUCCUAAGUGGAGUGACUGGUACCACACCUCUUGAUAAGACCUAUUUCCUAGAAGCCGAUACUACUAGGAUCGACGGGCCCCGUCCCAUCUCACAAUGGACAUACUUUUAUAUCUGCGGCCCAGGAAAUACUGAUUGCGGAUCUCCCGUCCCAGCUUUACCAAUUGGAUACGCUUGGAAUGGCGGGAACCAGGGUGCACCUUUUGAAUUGGUGGGGUAUGUUAUGAUCCUUGAAAUAUACUUCUUCACAUGCUAACCUAAUAACAUAGCGAUUACGGUAAGGGUACUACAAGCAAAUACUUUUGGUACAUGUGGCGAUUUGGCUGGGUUUUCUACCUAAUGGGUCUCAUCUUCAAUGUCAUCAGUUUCUUCACUUGUCUCCUGGCACCCUUUAGUCGCCUUGCCUCUGGGGUUUCCGGCUUCUUUGUCGCAAACGCUCUUUUUUGGUUCACCAUUGCAGCUUCAUUGAUGACGUACGUAUCCUAGAUAUCAGAAGCUGGGGUUGUUUACUGAUUUUCAAAUAGAACUGUAUUUGUCAAGGCUCGAGAUGUCCUCAUCAAUAACGGACAUCCAGCACGUGUUGGCCGCUGGGCCUUUGGUUUUACCUGGGGCGCAUGGGCUGCCAUGUUUUUAGCUACCAUCUUUCUCUUUCUGGGCUGUGGAGCAGGUGGUAGCAGCAGCAGAAGUGUUCCAACUACUCGCGGUGGUAUCUUUACCCGCUCAAAACAUGGAAGCAGACGCUCUCGAGGCUCUUUCAUCGAUACUGAUGGUACAAGACGGGUCAAAGAUGAUUAUGCAUAAGGCAUCAAUUCGAGUGAAGAAUUGGAAGUGGAAAUUAUGAAAGAGAAUGAGAAAACGACGGAUUGGGUCUUGAUUGAUUUGGAAGAUUGCGAUGAACAAUGGAUGAAUAGGGUGCAUGUAGAGUUUCCGGGUGGUCUCAGCAUUUAAAUUACUUAAUGUCUAGGUAGCAAUAUAAGAAAUUAAC